GUGUUUGCGGAACACGCGCGCGGGUGGGGACUUGGCCUCGCGACGGGUCGCUCCGUCGGCUCCGUCGCAUUCGAGCGCUCGCUCCCCGCGUGAGCUCGCCGGAAAGUGUGCAAGUGUGCAAGGAUUUCUCUCUGGGGGGCGCACGACGGCGCACCAUGUGAGCGCCUCAACAUGCGCGUUUGCACCACCAAGGCUGCUGCUGCCUUGCUUUGCGGUGUCACCAUCGGACUCGUGCUCUGCUGUCGACCCGUGGGCGGAAUUAGAUGGCUGUCCCUGAUGCGGACGUCCGUGCUAGCCAGCGAGGCGGCCCCGUCGGGAGACCUGUUGCGGAGCAGCUGGAACCGCUCGUGCGAGUCCCUGCGGGUGCUGACGAGGCAGCAGCGGCGCAUGUGCAAGCGCAACGCACCCUUCAUGGACAGUGUGCGCCGGGGCGCCCAGCUGGCCGUGCUCGAGUGCCAGCACCAGUUCAGGGCGCGCCGCUGGAACUGCUCCACCAUCAACGGCACCAGGAUCUUCAGCAAGGCCGUCAGCGACGGUACCCGUGAGGCGGCAUUCGUGCACGCCCUGAGUGCGGCGGCCCUGGCGCACGAGGUGACGCGGGCCUGCAGCCAGGGGCGUUUGGAGGACCGCUGCGGCUGCGACUUGUCGGUGCAGGGCGAUUCGGCCGAGGGUUUCAAGUGGUCCGGCUGCUCAGACAACGUGGCCUACGGCGUCGCCUUCUCCAAGAGUUUCGUAGACGCCAGGGACCUGAGGGCGGCCCGCUCCACGGCCAAUCCCAGGGCCCUGGUCAACCUGCACAACAACAACGUGGGACGAAAGGUCGUCCGCUCGCAGAUGACCCGCCAGUGCAAGUGUCACGGCGUGUCCGGCUCUUGCGAGCUGCGCACCUGCUGGCGGGAGCUGCGUCCCUUCCGCUCCGUGGGCGCCGUGCUCCGGGACAAGUUCGACGGCGCCACCGAGGUCCAGGUGAAGCGGCGGAGCACACCCGGCACGCGGUCCUCGUCCGUGCCCCGGCCCCUCAUCGUGCCGGUGAACCCACUGGUGCGCCAGGACGGCACCGACCUCCAGUACCUGCGCUCGUCGCCCAACUUCUGCAAGGUGAACCCCGCCCUGGGCUUCCUGGGCACGCGGGGCCGCCGCUGCCUGCCGGAGCCGGGCUCCACGCCGGAGUCCAGCUGCCAGGUGCUGUGCUGCGGCAGGGGCUUUGUGACGCGGACAGAGCGCAUCGCCGAGCGCUGUGACUGCAAGUUCUACUGGUGCUGCGAGGUUCGGUGCGCCACUUGUGUGCGGGAGAUCAGCGUCAGCACGUGUCGUUGAGGACUUUUUUUUUUCUUUUGCCGGUGUACAUGUUUGUGGUCAGACUUCGAAAAUGACGUAGGUGGAUUGUAAAUCACUGUGGUCUGUUUGAAGAACAAUGCCCGCUGGGUUUCGACGGCUGCGAUUGGGACGCUCACGAGCGCGAGUGAUGUGUCUGUGACCACAGUGAAUGUACUGCGGAGACUGGACGCUUCAACAUAUAUGCAGUUUCAUAUGUAGAUUUUUGUCGAAGCUCUGAAAAGGGGAGGGACACUUCUACGAGCGUGUUACCCGUAUGAGACGAAAUGAAAUUACCUGUGAGUGAAGAAAACACGUAUAUUUGUCAGUGAGGUAUAGUGAGGAUUGUUGAAGCACCCACUAGCGUACUUCAGCGUAUAGAAAACCCUACACUGUGGCGCGAAAAAAAAAAAAAGUGUUUUUUAUAGUACAGAAAACUUUAGGGUGAAGAAGCCCUACUUCAAAGGACCAGCGCAACUUUGCAUCGCUGCUGAAGUUCACGUUUGCUUCAGAGUGGGCCAUCUGAAGCUCACACAAUCAAGAUUGACCCCGACGCGCUGGAAAUGAACUAUCGCACUAUUUAUCCUUCACAUUCAUUGUGUUGAGAGAUUGGGGAAAAACGUCCAUUUUCAUUGUCAAGAUCGUAUCCACUUUGAGUCACUCGAUUCUCGAUGUUCAUCCUAUGCCCUUCUAUUUAUUCGUGUGUUUUAGAAUGCCCCGUGGUCCAACGAUGUCCCAAAAAUCACCGAGAGUGACGAAAAAAAGAUUAAACAGAGUCGGAGGUGUUAGUUAUGAAAUAACUGCCUGUUUAGCGCGACGACUGUGAAUUCGUUUUGAGUUGUACGCUGUGACCUUUUCUGUUUUCACUGUCUCGAGUGUAAAGCUUCUAGUGUACACUUACGCUAUGAAACGCCAGUGCGUCCACUUCCCGUCGAGCACUCGGAGAACAUAUAGCGUGACGCUUCGCAUACUCCUGUCAUGCUCAAGUCUCACAUUACAAUUUUUUUUAUCUUCAAGUCGAAACUUUUUUUUUUUUUUUUUUUACUUUUUUCAUUUAUUGAGCGAAUCCGUGGAGAGCAGCGAUUGGGCCUCCGAGGUCUCUGCCGGAAAGUCGGAUGUGCGGAAAUAUUUUUAGACUUAGGACUCGUCGCCGCAAGUUUCUAGCAGUUAUUAGGUGCAGACACGUAGUGUUAGCUCGACUGUAUCGCUGUUUAGAGGACGCGUAGUUCAAUAGAAAAAUUAGUUUUGAAAUCUUGUUCUUGGAGUUCAUCGUUCAACGUAUACAAGGUCUCGUCAUUAUGUUCGAAACAGUGCGAUGAAUUUUGUUCAAACGCGUAUCACGGCGGUAGGCUCCGGUGGAUGGAUCGCGGCGGGCGCUACACGAACCAUCCCAGCCAGUCCAGCUCUGUAAAUCUGUCAAGCGGUUUGACACUUGCCCGACACUGGACUGGCUUCGAUGGCAUAUGGUAUACGUCCUCGGCGAUCUAGCGCAAGAGGAAAGUGAGUAUAGCACGAGGAACAAUGAUCACUUGACAAACUCACAAAGGGAUUUCAUGGAACUUUCUCCCGAGCUGCAAUUUUGAAGACGUCGUAGUGUCGCGUCAGCAUUUAUUGGUGGAACAAACGUGAGGUAUUUUGAUGCAUUUUUAACGAUACUUUUCUAUCAUGUGGCGUUCUCUUGAUUUUUAAGAGUUUGCGCGCAUAUAUUUCCUGGCAAUAAAAUGCAAA